UUGCGCAAGCGCGAGGGCUGUCGACGUGGCCGGGAGACCCUGGUUGGGGUCCGCGCUGAGCCCGCUGGCUCACGUGGUUCUCCCCGGGCCUGCUGCCCUCGCUCUUUUCUCCUCUCGGAGUUUUACAGUGACUCUGGGGUUCGAGGUGGACUGACGUCUCCCCAGAGACCACAUGGAAGAAAUGGAGCAAGAGCCACAAAAUGAAGAACCUGCUGAAAUUAAAAUCAUCAAGGAAGCAUACAAGAAGGCCUUUUUAUUUGUUAAUAAAGGACUAAAUACAGAUGAAUUAGGUCAGAAGGAAGAAGCAAAGAACUACUAUAGGCAAGGAAUAGGACACCUGCUCAGAGGAAUCAGCAUUUCAUCAACAGAUCCUGAGUGUGUAGGUCCCGAGUGGGAAUCUGCUAGACAGAUGCAGCAGAAAAUGAAAGAGACGCUGCAGAAUGUGCGUACCAGGUUGGAAAUUCUAGAGAAGGGUCUUGCCACUUCUCUACGGAACGACCUCCAGGAGGUACCCAAGUUAUAUCCAGAGUUUCCACCUAAAGACAUGUCAGAAAAAUCACCGGAGCCUCAGUCCUUUGGUUCACCUCCUCAGCACAGUGAAGUAAACGGAAAUGCUUCAGCUGCAAGUACACAGUCAGUUUCUAUACCGAAUACUUUAUCCUUUUCAUCUCAAAGUCAUCCAUCAGAAGCACCUCCUGCUUAUACUCCUCAGGCUGCUGAGGGUCACUACACUGUAUCCUAUGGAACAGAAUCUGGGGAGUUCUCAUCAGUAGGGGAGAACUUUUACAGGAAUCAUUCUCAGCCUCCUCCUCUUGAGACCUUAGGGCUAGAUGCAGAUGAGUUGAUUUUGAUACCAAAUGGAGUACAGAUUUUUUUUGUAAAUCCUGCAGGGGAGGUUAGUGCACCUUCCUAUCCUGGUUACCUUCGAAUCGUGAGGUUCUUGGAUAAUUCCCUUGAUGCAGUUCUAAACCGUCCUCCUGGGUUUCUUCAGGUCUGUGACUGGUUGUAUCCUCUAGUUCCUGAUAGAUCUCCAGUUCUUAAGUGUACUGUAGGGGCCUACAUGUUUCCUGAUACUAUGUUACAAGCAUCAGGGUGCUUCGUGGGGGUCGUCUUGUCUUCUGAAUUACCGGAAGAUGACAGAGAACUCUUUGAGGAUCUGUUAAGACAAAUGUCUGACCUUCGGCUCCAGGCCAACUGGGACCGGGCAGAAGGAGAAAAUGAAUUCCAAAUCCCGGGAAGAUCAAGAUGUCCCUCUGACCAGUUGAGGGAAGCCAGUGGCACUGAUGUGAGACAGCUGGACCAGGGCAGUAAGGAUGUGCGUCAUAAGGGAAAACGAGGCAAAAAAGAAAGUAAAGCCAAAGGUUCUUCCAGUGAGGAAGUUAAUCUGAGUCACAUUGUGCCGUAUGAGCCAGUUUCAGAAGAAAAAGCAAAGGAAUUACCUGAAUGGAGUGAGAAAGUGGCUCAAAACAUUUUGUCAGGUGCCUCUUGGGUGAGUUGGGGGUUAGUCAAAGGUGCUGAAUUUACCGGCAAAGCCAUCCAAAAAGGCGCUUCUAAACUCCGAGAACGGAUUCAACCGGAAGAAAAACCUGUGGAAGUUAGUCCAGCUGUGACCAAGGGACUUCAUAUAGCAAAGCAGGCUACUGGAGGAGCAGCCAAAGUCAGUCAGUUCCUCGUUGAUGGAGUUUGCACAGUAGCAAGUUGUGUUGGCAAGGAACUAGCUCCACACGUCAAGAAGCAUGGAAGCAAGCUUGUUCCAGAAUCUCUUAAAAAAGACCGAAAUGGGAAGUCUGCCCUGGAUGGUGCUAUGGUUGUGGCAGCAAGUAGUGUUCAAGGAUUUUCAACUGUCUGGCAAGGACUGGAAUGCGCUAAAUGCAUUGUCAACAAUGUUUCAGCAGAAACGGUGCAAACUGUCAGAUACAAAUACGGGCAUACUGCUGGAGAAGCUACACACGAUGCAGUAGACUCUGCCAUCAAUGUUGGUGUAACUGCCUAUAAUAUCGACAACAUUGGCAUCAAAGCAAUGGUGAAGAAAACUGCAAAACAAACGGGACACACACUCCUUGAGGACUAUAAAAUAAUUGAUAAGUCAAGGGGAAAUCAAAGAGGAGGAGCAGGUGCAAACGUGAAAGAGGAGAAGGGUGAGCAGACAGAGGAGCUAGAGAAGAAUGGGGCAAAGAAGAAAGACAAAUGAUGGAAGUGCUACGGAUUGCCUAUACCAAAGCCUUACAGAUGGAUGCGAUUUUGUAAAAUAGGCAAAUAUGGAAUUCCCCGCAGAUUAACCAGGAUUUAAAAUUGUAUUCAUUCCUACAGAGUGACUAUUCCAUGAGCUUUACGGCAUGUAUUCUACUUACAAGGAAGAGUCUGGCCUUGAGAUAUAUAUUCUUUGUGAGUUUAUUUUUUCCCAAAUGGCUAAAAUAUUUUUGAUGUUAAAAUAAGACUAAUAAUGUGCUAUAAACCUCAUUAAACCUAAUGUUAAAAUAUUUUUGUAUUUACUGUCUUUCAGAAAGCAGAGUAGGAAAUUAUAUAUUUACAUAAAAUUUCACAUUUCGUUCUGUUUUUACUGGAAAGGGAUGACUUAAAAUAUUGUCUGUUUUUGCACUAAUUGUGGAUUUUCUUUAUAGAUGCUUGUUGGAACUUUCAGUAUGUAAGCUAAACAAAAACUGUAAUCCCAAACUAAAAUAAUUAUCCCAUAAAACUUAGAAGACUUUUUCAAAACAAGGAAUAGACUAAUCAUGAAAAAUGAGGUUCUAUAAAAUCAUUUGGUAGUUUAUCUGUUUGUUAGGAAAUAGGAUGGUCUUUUUGAUUUAAAAUGUAUACAAAUAGAUUUUUUAGUCUUUUAGAUUUAGACUGUUGUUGAUCUGUAAGGGAUGUCAGUUUGGGAGUAUGGUUGGUAUUGUAUCAGCAUUCAUAGUGAUUAUUACCACUUUAAUUGAACAAAAAAUAAUCACUUUUACCAUAUCUACUUCUGUAAGUUUUUUCGAAAGGCUGAAUUUUUUGGCCUAAAUAUAAAAUAAAAAUAUAAAUAGUUGAGUUUAUGGAUGGUAAUUUUUAUUUUGGGAUUCAGUCGUUGGAAUUUUACAUAUUAAGGAGCCAGUAGAUUAAAUUAUUAGAAAGAUUUUAUUCAUAAUUAAGGAAAAGAAUGUGAAGACUUUAGGCUUAAUCCAUGGUAAGGUGGGCGUAAGUGUUCACUUUGGCAGAAGACACGCUAUUCACAGACCUAUAAGGUACAAAUAUAUAAAUAAAUAGCUAAUGGCAUUUUGUUUUUGUUUACUGAUUUAAAGAUUGGCAUUGAUUUUCAUAGUGUAGUCCCUUCUAAUAUUUCUGAACCUCCAAUUGCUAUGUAGCUUCUUAGGCUUUAUUUGAAACUAUCUAAAAAAUGUACUUUGUGAAUAAACUAUCUUUGAAUUACUUGGCCUCAAAACGUAUUCACUGGUUUGUAUUUCAGAAAGACGGAAUUGGUGGAGCCUUUCCCUAGGGCCAAGGAUGAUGUACUAGUUAAAAUGGAAAUAAAAUUGAAUUGAUAAGUA